AUGCGUGGGAAAGUGUGCGACGAAUACCGUGAUGGAGACUGCCCGUCAUCUACCCUUGGGAACGUCUCCGUCGUCAUGCCAUGCCUUUGCGAUUCCGAUUGUCCAAAGACGUGGAAGUGCUGCGAGCACACGAAGGGACUUAUUUGUCUUGCUCCUGGUACUAACCGGAAACACUAA